GGGUUUGUUUUCCAUGCAUAAUAACUCUUGUCGCAUCUCUUCUCACAUUGGCAUUCUCUUCUCUCUUCCCUCUUUCAAAUUCUAUUUAUCUCAAUUCCCUAACUAUGGCAGUUCCCGCGCAAACCAGCGAGGCUGAUGCGUGGGACGCAGUCCUACGCCAAACGAAGUUGGCCGUUGAGAGCAACACCGAUCCUUACGCGUGGGCCUUCGACAUCAGGUCGACGCUUCACUCCUCGGCCAUUGCCAUCCCUUCCACCGAACUCGCUCAUCGCUUGGUCUCUCACUUCUUUUGGGACAACUACUCCGCCGCCGCAUGGAAGCUUCUACACACCUCCCUAUCCCUCGACAUCAUCCCUCCCUCCCUCCUCGUCGCACUUCUAUCUGCCGCGGUUGUACCACGCAGAAAACUCUACCCCACUGCUUACAGACUUUAUAUGGAACUCCUUAAGCAACUUCGAGAUAUGCUUGAACAUGAUGUCAGUUCUCCAAACUAUGAAAAGAUUAUGAAAUCAAUUGAUCACGUUCUUCAGCUUUCUCAAGUAUACGGUCAAAAGUUGUGGGAGCCUGGAAUUGUUCUAGUUGAAUUUGUCUUUUCAGUCGUAUGGCAGUUACUUGAAGCAUCAUUACAUGACGAAGGCUUACUAGAUCACACUACAGAGAAUAAGCCUAUAUGGCUAUGCAGGUCACAUGACAUGGAUAUUGAUGGACAUGACAGUGUAGGCGAAAAGAAAACUAAGGAUGUUGAGGGGUUUCAGAAGAAAAAUACAGCAAUGGCUAUAGAGAUUAUUGCAGAAUUUUUGCAACACAAAAUGACUUCAAGGAUCCUUUCCUUAGUUCAUUGGAACAUGCCAUCAUAUUGGAAAUCUUUCGUUCACCAAACACAGCUGCUUGUGUCAAACUCUCCAAUUUUAAGGAAUUUGAGAAAUAAUACCGCAGACAGUCUUAUGAGUUUGACGCAAAAUAUCCAUGCGGUUGUUUCUCAUGAGUUCAAAAUAAAAUCUAAGGUGAGGACUGAAGAAGUCAUAUGUGGUGGUUCGCCCAUGUCUUUUGCUGCGCAGUCUUCUGGGGAUAGUUGGUCUGCACUCUGGCUUCCUAUUGAUCUUAUUCUUGAAGAUGCUUUGGAUGGAGGGCAAGUGGCAGCUUUUAGUGCUAUUGAGAUUAUUACAGGUUUGGUUAAGACUUUACACGUUGUUAAUGGCACUAUGUGGCACAGCACAUUUUUGGGGCUAUGGGUUGCAGCACUGCGUUUGGUUCAAAGGGUUGGAACUGUUCCAACAAAAAGGGAGAGAGAUUCAAAAGAAGGUCCUAUACCUCGUCUUGAUACCUGCAUGUGUAUGCUACUGAGCAUUACAACCCUCGUGGUUACUUGUAUUAUUGAAGAAGAAGAAGGUCAACUGAUUGAAGAAGCUGAGCAUAGCCCUACAACAAGCAAAGGGACAGAAAAACCAGCUCUGGGGAAGUGUCGUGGGGAAUUGAUUACCAGUUUACAGCUAUUGGGUGAUUAUGAGUCCUUACUCACUCCACCUCAGCCCGUUCUUGUGGAAGCCAAUCAGGCUGCUGCCAAAGCUAUUUUGUUCUUAUCAGGAAACCCUGUUGGUAGUGGAUACAUGGAAUAUACGAAUGGCUUGCCGAUAAAAUAUUCUGGCAACUUACGCCAUCUAAUUGUUGAGGCAUGUAUUGCCAGAAACCUACUUGAUGCAUCAGCUUAUCUAUGGCCUGGCUAUGUGAGUGAAUGCAGCAAUCAAAUUCCUUGUAGCAUUUCUAAUCAUGUCCCUGGCUGGUCUUCUUUGAUGGAGGGGUCACAGCUAACUCCUGAAUUGGUUAAUGUCUUAGUUGCAACUCCAGCUUGCAGCUUAGCAGAGAUUGAGAAAAUAUAUGAAAUUGCAAUCAAUGGUUCAGAUGAAGACAAGAUAUCUGCUGCUACCAUUAUGUGUGGGGCAUCUCUGGGACGUGGGUGGAAUAUACAGGAGCUUACCCUUCCUUUUAUCACAAAAUUGCUUUCGCCUAUAGAUCCUCCCAAUUACUCUGGGGCUGAGAGCCAUUUGAUCAGCCAAGCUGCCUUUUUAAACGUUCUACUUUUGGGAAUCUCAUCUGUAGACUGUGUUCAUAUAUUCUCCCUACAUGGUUUGGUUCCAUUACUUGCGGCAGGACUAAUGCUAAUAAGUGAGGUUUUUGGAUCACGUGUUCCAGAUGCCUCGGGGACUGUUGCAGCCGGAGAAAAACUUACUCAUUGGGAGGUAUUCUCUAAUGCAUUUACUCUUUUGCUGAGAUUUUGGCGGUUUGAUCGUCUACCUGUUGAACAAGUGAGAAGCGAUGCAACAGCGCCACCGUUUGGAUCACUACUUAGUCCUGAAUGCCUUUUAUUAGUUCGAAACAGUAAAUUGGCGUCGCUUGGAAGAACAGCAAAGGAUCAGAAAAUGCUCAAAAGAUGGUCAAACAUUUUAAGCUUUCCUGCAGACCCUGUAUUUAUGGAUUUCUUCCCAAAAUUAAACUAUUGGUACCGAAAACAUCAAGAAAGCAUUGCUUCUACCCGCUCGGGUCUUGUGCCUGGAGGGCCUGUUAAUCGGAUCGUCGAUGCCCUACUAAGCAUGAUGUUUUCGAAGGUAAGUAAUGGAGCCGAACCUUCGACUUCAGGAAACAACAGUUCAUCUGGGCUUGCAUUGGAUGAUGCUUUAAAAGUGCCUGCCUGGGAUAUCCUCGAAGCUAUUCCCUUUGUCCUGGAUGCUUCGCUGACAUCCUGCGCUUAUGGGAAACUCUCUACCCGUGACCUAGCUACAGGUCUCAAAGAUCUAGCCGAUUUCCUUCCGGCUUCUUUGGUUACCAUUGCAAGCUAUUUUUCUGCUGAAGUUACGAGAGGCGUAUGGAAGCCAGCUUUAAUGAAUGGAACUGACUGGCCCAGCCCUGCCUCAAAUUUAUCCCUUGUUCAACAAGAAAUAAAGAACAUCUUAGUAGAUUUCAAUGUCCCAAGCCUUGAUAUAGAUGGAAAGUCUCCACCCACACUUCCUUUGCCUUUGGCAGCUUUUGUAAGCCUUACGAUAACAUAUAAACUUGACAAGGCCACUGAACGAUUCCUUGCCCUGAUUGCCCCUACCGUGACUGCCCUUGCUUCUGCUUGCCCCUGGCCCUCCUUGCCCAUUGUGACGUCUUUGUGGAUCCAGAAGGUGAAGCGUUGGAGUAACUACUUUGUGCUCUCUGCUUCCAGCACUGUUUUCCACCACAACAGGGAUUCUGUAGUUCAACUACUAAAAAGUUGCUUCACAUCCACCCUUGGCCUUGGCUCUGCCUGCAUUUAUGAUAAUGGCGGUGUCGGUGCCCUUCUUGGUCACGGCUUAGUUCCCCAAAUAUCCGAUGGGAUCUCUCCAGUUGCUCCAGGAAUUCUUUACCUAAGAGUGUAUCGGUCUAUUGGAGAUAUCGCGUUAUUGAUUGAAGAAAUUGUGCCUAUUCUAAUGCUUUCGGUUAGAGACAUAGCGAGUGAUUUGACCAAGGGGGUUAUAAGGAAACCAAAGAAAACCAAGUUUGGGAUCAAAUAUGGCCAAGUUUCUCUGGCCAGAUCCAUGGCACGUGUGGAGCAUGCGGCUCUACUCGGCGCUUCAUUGGUUUGGAUAUCAGGUGGACCAAAGUUUGUUCAAUAUUUGAUAAGUGAAACUCUGCCUUCCUGGUUUUUAUCAGCUUCCAUGUUGGAGGACGGUGGUGGAGAAUCUGGAGUUAUGGUUGCCAUGCUCAAAGGUUAUGCACUGGCAUUUUUUGUCUUCCUUAGCAUAGAAUUUUCCUGGGGUAUUGACAACUCGCAUCCACCCAAACGACUGGCGAAGGUUAUUGGGUUGCAUAUGGAAUUUCUUGAGAGUGCCCUGAACAGGACUACAUCAAUGCGUUGUCAUAGUGCUACUUGGGAGGCCUAUGUUUCAUGGUUUGUCAGCUUGAUGGUGAGCCGAGCUCCGUCGUGGAUUCAGGAAGCUGACGAGGAUUUGCUCAAGAGACUGAGCAGGGGACUAAGAUGUAUGGAUGAACACGAGUUGGCUCUUCGCCUGUUGGAAAUUGGAGGGAUACGUGUGAUGGGCGCUGCAGCUGAAAUGAUAAUUGAAUUUAAACGUAUCUGAACGGAGGAGGACAUUCAACAGUGGCAAAAGGCAAUCAAAUGCUGAACUUGCAAUAAAAAAGAAAUAAAGAAUAUAAAUUUUUAGACUAUGAUUCUAAGGAGAUGCGGUGACGUGUGUACCGUUAAAACGUAGAACAAAAUACUUUUAAAAUACCAUUUCCAAAUGCAAAGCCAUUUUUUACGUUAUUUAAAAAAUAUUAAUUCUUUCAAAGUUCUACCAAACUUAGUACAAAUAGUCCAAAAUUGUCAUCUUUCUAUUCCAACCAAAAAAAUUAGAGAGAUAGAAACCACAAGGUAUUGGGUGGGUGGAGUUGUGUAUCACCUUUACAGUAUAUUGGGACUUGGAGAAUGAUAUGAUUAGCAUAUAAUUUCUGCAAUUAAAAUUAGAAUUUAGACAAGCAUAGGCCUAGCUUGUGGGAUAUCCUAUGCCAAAGUGGCAUUGUAACAACAGUCAGUGUAAUGCUCUGCUUAAAUCCUUGUGCAUGAUGCCAGAAAACUGAAUUGAAAAAAUAUUGUAUCUCCCCAAAAGCAAGAACAAAAGUCACAGAUAACAGUACUGCUACAAACGGAUGAAAAAAAAAUUCAAGGUAAAUUGGAAGUGCCUGCAAAAUUGAAACAGCAGGAGAGGAAACGCGAAAACGAAGGAUCCAGCAAUAAUCAUUAUUUGUUAUAACAUCAACUACUCAAAAACAAUGUUAACAUAAUUUAUUGGUUCUGUGACAUCUGUUAUACAUUGGUUUUUUUUGCUCUUUUCUCUUUUGGGAUCAUCAUUAUCGUUGAACAAGAGGACUAAAGGUGCCAUCAGUUUCAACUUGACUACACUAUAAACUUGUUCAAUGUAUUGAGCACACAUUUAUAAUGCUUUGGGAACAUAAAGAUUUGUCAGGAUUUUUACAAAUUAGUUAUAGGUUUAUUCUGAAACUGAUCUAAAAACUAAGAACAGAGAUUUCUCUCAGCUUCUUCACCCUAAGUUCUCACUUCGUUAGCAUUGUAUUUUUGUAAGAGUUGUACAGAGAAAUAUGAUGACCUUGACUUACUUAAACAAGAAAUGAUUUUGAAUAAAAGUUACAAUCUUUAAAUAACUACCCUUAUAUAAUUUACAAGCAGUGUGGGUGUAACACUUUGAAGACCAAACUGAAGUGAAAAAUGAAAUACCUAGAAUUCUCCAGUGGGGAUAGAAGCCAGCAAAACAUGUCCGAUUCCUAAAUUUAAGGUACCACCAUACUAUAUGUAUGUAGCAUUUUUCUUGCUUAUAGAAAGAUACUGUUUUCGAUUAGAGCCUUAACAAACCGAUUUGGAUAUUGACACUAACAAUUCUAAAUUAAAUACUCCUUUAUUUAUCAAAAAAUAAAGACAAUGUGAAAUCAAUACCAUGAAACUACUUUUUACACGGUAUUCAAGCAUACAUUGCUCCUAUGCCUUCUCACCAACUUAUUAUUACCUCGUAGUAAUUAAUCUUCAAACCUAUAACUGAAUGACAAAAUUUGGAAACUUCGAGGGAAUGUAGUCCUUUUAAAUGGUAUAAUUACACGCCUCAAACAAAACGCAGCUGUGAGACUUCAUUUUAUAAGUAAAGAGACCUGCUCUCAUCUCAGGGACUAUUUCACCACUGGUUGAGAAAAAGCUGGGAAAUGGAAGAGCUGUGUCAACUAAGCGGUACCAUGACAUCCCUUCUGGAGGCAAGGGUAAAACUGUAGUUUCUGGGUGAUCAGCUGCAUUAAAAGCAAUAAAUAGAUCCCCAGAGCUCUCUGGGAACUUUGCUACUUCAGCCUUCAAAGUCAUGGCCAGGAACUUGCAUGAUGGAUCUUCCCAUCUUGGUGGAGCCCCAUCACUUCCAUACCAUUCUAUGUUUUCUUCUUUUAAGAAGCUCCUUCUCUGAAGAAGAUCACUCCUCCUCUUUCUCAGUGAACUCAUAAAGAAAAUGAAUUGUGAGAUUUGUUUACCAAAGCCUGUUGUCAAAGUAUUCCAAGUGAUGGGCUUUAUGUCAUCGUGUGCAAGAGAACCACCAGAGGAGUGGGCACAUUCAUCUCCCAUGUUCAGAACAGGUACUCCUAAUGACACAAACAAGACAAAGAGGAAAUUACGGAUUUGUUUGAGUCGCGUUUCAAGGACAGUGGUGUUGUUAGUGGCUCCUUCUUCUCCACAAUUCCAACUCAAUUCAUCAUCACUGUUGAAGCUAACCAAGUCUACAAGAGAAAAUCCUAAAUUCUUGGCAAUGUAAUUAAAAGAGAAUGUUGGGCCUCGUCCGUCAGAAAACAUGUCUCCACUCCCACAGAGUCUUGUUGCAAGGUCGCUAAGAAGACUUUCACCCCUUAAAAAGUUCCUCACAUCAUUACAAAAUUUUGCAUUCAUUUCAGCCCAUCUCAUCCAAUGAGGAAAGUGAAUUUCCUUCGCUACCAUGUCAUGAGGAUCCCAGCAAUCUGCAAUGAUUUUAGUCUUGGAGAGCACUGGGUCAAAAGCAAUUGCUUCAACUAAUGGAGGUCUAGACAAGUACUCCCCAUGAAAUCCCCUCAGCAGGUGUGAAGCAUUUAUGAAAGAGAAGCCGUCAAUGUGAAACUCAGUCACCCAAUGCCGCAGACUGUCCAGAACCAAAUUGUGCACUAUAGGAUAGUUACAGUUCAAAGCACUCCGUAUCUUCAAAUCACCAACUCCAUUUGCUAAAUAGUAGGAUGAGUCAUCAAUUCCCUGUAGAGCACCAAUCUGAGCAGUAUUUGAGAAAACUACUUCCAUAAGAACUUCUAUCCCAUUGGCAUGCAUAAUUUUAACCAUCUCUUUCAUAGAGGCCAUAGUAGAUUCAGGACCACCAGAUGGUCCAUAAAUGUGCAUCAGGGAGAAAAAAUUGCAAGGAAAAUAUGGUCCUUUUUUUUCAUCAAAUGUGAAAACCGGCUCCAGCAGAACAGCAUUCACACCUAUAUCUUUAAAAUGCUGAACCUUCUCAGCCAAACCAGUAAAGGUUCCAGCUGAACCACUUGGAAGUUGGCUUGACUCAUGCUGUGUGAAGCGCUUGACAUUCAACCUGUAAACCACCAGUUCCUCCAUGGACAAAUCUGGGUGAAAAUCAUCACCCCAGUCAAAAGCAGGUUCCUUUCUCAACCAUCCAAGAUUCUGCACUAGUCCAAGACCACCAGGACAAGAAUUAGCGACAAUCUUAGCAUACGGGUCCAAAACAACAUGCUCAGCAGAACUAUCACCUCUGUUCUGCUUAUGAACACCUCCUCUGCAGCGAAAACCAUAGCUCACGAAACUCUUGACAUUCUCAAGCGAGACAUGCCACAUGUCACCUGACCUAUUCACAUAGGGAUCCAAAUCAACCUCCAAAGCAGGCUUCUCCACACCCUUCUCAUCAUACAAGCACAAAACCACACUCUCAGCAUGUCUCGAGAAAAUAGAAAAAUUCACAGAGCCAUCAGGAGAAUAAGAGAGCCCCAAAGGACUCGGGUAACCCGGAAGCAACCCAACCGGCACGCAAAAAUUCGUUCUCCUAUGGCUUCUAAUCUCCAACCCUGCAUUCAAAGAUGACAUCAAGAAAAAUGACAAGUACAAAGGAACAUAUUUGGCAUCAAAUUCCAACUCAACUCCAAACUUGCCAACAGAAGUUUGCACCAAAGGACUAACAUUCAUCCGCUUUGCCGCAAUCCCACUCAACCCCGUCGAAUCCAUAUCCACAAAACAAGAUGCAUCACCCCUAUACACACCCCAACACAACACCAAUGUUUCACUUUCACCACAAUGAUUCACAUCCAACGAAGAAAUCUCAACGUAAACAAAAUACCUAUCUUUUUUCUUUGUGACAUAAACUUUCACCAAACCUCCACCAGUUUCCGUCCUAAACAGAUAAGCCAACGCCCCUUUCAGGUCUUCCGGUCGGGUCGAGGUUCCGACUUGUUGCUCCGUCUCCUCAAUGGACAAUCGUGAAGUGGCACACAAUUUCGAAGAUGGGUUUCGGAAAAAGGGGAAAAAGAGGUUUUGCGAUCCAAAUUGGUGGUGCUUCCUUUGGAUCAAGGGCUUGUGAAAACAAAAACUUUUGGCUUGGAAUUUGUGUUGAUUGAAAGGAAUCAGUGACAAGGAGAAGAGUGACAUAAAACUUGCCAUAGUUGAAUCUGGGGAAGGAAAUUCAGUUGUUGUUAAUUGAGCAUUGCAUG